AUGUGCAUGUACCUCCUCCACGAUGAUGGAAUCGACGCUUUGCCAGAACAGAACAUUGAUGAUCUUGUCAUGAAUGCUGGUUCUGGUGGCUCUUCUGCUGCUACCAUGGCCGUAUCUUCCUCUGCCCCUGCAGCUGGAGGAGCCACUCAAGCAGCACCAGCAGCUGAGCAGAAGAAGAAGGAGGAGGUCAAGGAAGAGAGUAAGGGUGAUAUGGUAUUUGGCUUGUUUGACUAG